AUGGAAUCCCUUUGUGGCGUCCACCAAGGCCUGCUCCGGCGUCCUCUAGUUCCUUUCCUCUCCCGCUCUCCCCCGUCGCUGUCAGUGAAGCCGCUCCUGGCUCUGCGUGCCCCCCGGAGCCGUCGUCGGUUCUCAAUCCGAGCCUCAUCCGCCGCUCGGAGAAUCACCUCUGUGGAUUCUUCAGGGGAGACCUGGGAUAUGACCCUAGGAAGGACGAUCUCGUCCUUGGUGAGACCAGCAUGCAUCGCGCUCGUGGCCGGCGCUGCCCUCUUCCUCUCGCGCCUGCACAAGUCUUCCGUCGCCCUCGCCGUGUUGUCCCCCGCCCAACCCCCCGCCCAACCCCCCGCCCAAUCGGAACAUCUCCCUUCUCCCUCCCCUGUCGUCGGUGGCCCGGAGACCCUUUCGGAGGAGGAAAAGGUGAAGUUCCUCGAGGAUUUCUUGGAUUCCCACCCGGAGGAUAUCAAGGCUCUCCGCUCCUUGAUGGAACUCAAGAUAAAGACGCAGAAGCUCCCUGAGGCGAUUGCUAUUGUGGACCGCCUGAUCAUCCUUGAGCCUGGCGAGAAGGAUCUCCCUCUUCUGAAGGCCCACCUGCAGAGCUACGACGGAGAGACAGAAACAGCAAAGCAAGGAUUUGAGGAUAUGCUGCGGAGAGACCCAAUGCUCGUCGAGGCCUACCAUGGGCUGGUGAUGGCGGCUUGGCAGACCGAGGCAGAGGGAGACCUCGGAGGCGUCCUAAAGAGGAUUGAGGGUGCAAUGGAGCUCUGCAAGAAGGAGAAGAGGAAUGACGAUCUGAGAGAUUUCAAGUUACUCGUGGCGCAGGUCAAGGUCUUGGAGGGAAACUACCUGGAGGCCCUCAAGCUUUACCAGGAUCUGGUCAAGGAAGAGCCGAGAGACUUCCGUCCUUAUCUGUGUCAGGGCAUCGUCUACUCGUUGUUGCACAAGAAGGACGAGGCAGAGAAGCAAUUUCAGAAAUAUCGGCAGCUUGUCCCAAAAGAGCAUCCAUACGCUCAGUACUUCGAUGAAAAUAUGGUAGCCAUGAAGGUUUUCUCCCAGAUCGAUGAGAACAGGAGAGCUGCUCCAUUGGAUAGGUAA